UUUUAUAAGAGAUUUCCCUUCUCUUUGAAGAGGAAUAACAUAGCGAUCGGUUUUGGUUGCCAUCGGUUUUUAUUGAAGUGUUUUUAGCAUUCAAUGUGUGUUUUUGGUUUGUGAACCUAAGCCUUGAACUAUUAUCCUAAGAGAGAAUUCAUCACAAAUAGUCUGACUUGUAUUUCAAGGCUCUUAUUAGAAAAGAUGGCAAACGUGUUGAGGUAUUACCAGAGCCCAGGUCUAAGUGAUGCCAAAGUUAGUGAUACUUUGGCUAAACUCAAGAAUAUUUCAAACAAUUUAACAUCAAUUAACACACAAAUCUGCUAUUAUGUCGGGACGACUGGCAAACUUGACAGCGAAGAGGAAAAGAAACUCGAAUGGAUAUUAUCUCCAACUUUCGACAGCACUCUUCAAAAGUCAACAUCUUUUGGGAGCUAUAAGUCAUCGGCAAAGAAGUGCUUAUUUAUGGAGAUCGGGCCCCGACUUAACUUUCAAACAGCCUUUUCCACAAAUGCUGUCUCCAUUUGUGCAGCUGUGGGACUGACACCACAAAUAAAUAGAAUCGAGAAAAGCAUUCUCUAUGAAAUCAAUUAUCAGGGAGAAAUAAGCGCUGAAAUUGAGACACAAAUAGUAAAUCAAUUACACGACAGAAUGACUGAACAGAGAUAUGUUAAACCCAUUGAAUCGUUUGCGCUGUCCAUCAAUCGCGAGGAUUGGAUUGAAAUUGAUGUUAUGAAGAGAGGAGAAGAGGCUCUUCGGCAGAUCAGUGAUGAACUGGGCUUAGCUUUUGAUGAAUGGGAUAUUCAAUACUAUACUAAACUAUUCAGAGACACUUUGAAACGGAACCCAACAUCAGUUGAAUGCUUUGAUUUGGCGCAGUCUAACAGUGAACACUCCAGACAUUGGUUUUUCAAAGGAAAUAUACUGUUAAAUGGAAAACAAAUUGAUAAGUCGUUGAUUGAAUUAGUGGCCGACACUCAGAACCACAGCAACGAUAACAAUGUUAUUAAAUUUAACGACAAUUCCAGUGCUAUUAAAGGAUUUUCUUCGCUUAAUAUAUUACUUCCGGUCAAUUCAACCGAAGCUUCUUUAGUGAAAGUGGAGCCAAACAAGACUCGACACAUCAUAUUCACGGCUGAAACACACAAUUUCCCGACAGGAGUGGCGCCCUUUCCCGGAGCCACUACUGGAACCGGCGGUCGUAUUAGGGAUGUUCAGGCGGCGGGUCGUGGGGCGCAUGUGAUCGCCGCUACGGCCGGAUAUUCUUUCGGUAAUCUAAAUAUUCCUGACUAUGACUUGGAGUGGGAGGACAAGCAAGAGGUCUAUCCCAACAAUUUUGCCGCUCCAUUACAGGUGUGCAUUGAGGCCAGUAAUGGGGCCUCAGAUUAUGGCAACAAAUUCGGUGAACCAGUAUUGGCCGGAUUUGCACGAAGUUUCGGACAACGAUUACCGAGCAAUGAGAGAUAUGAAUGGAUUAAACCAAUUAUGUUUAGCGGAGGAAUCGGUACUAUUGAAGGCGAUUUUGUUACGAAACACGAUCCGCAAAUAGGGAUGUCUGUGGCAAAAGUUGGUGGACCUGUCUAUAGGAUCGGAGUGGGAGGCGGUGCCGCCAGUUCUACAGAAGUUCAAGGGAGCGAAAAGAAUCAAGACUUAGAUUUCGGUGCCGUUCAGAGAGGAGACGCAGAAAUGGAGCAAAAACUGAAUCGAGUCAUUAGAGCCUGUAUUGAAUAUUCAGGACACAAUCCGAUCCAAUCAAUCCAUGAUCAGGGGGCCGGCGGUAACGGUAAUGUUCUAAAAGAGAUAGUGGAUCCAUUGGGGGCAAAGAUAUACGUGAACAAGUUCACUUUAGCCGAUCCCACCAUUAAUGUAUUGGAGUUAUGGGGAGCGGAAUAUCAAGAAAGUAAUGCAAUACUCGUUAAACCCGAAGAUCACGAUUUGCUUCAAAAGAUUAGUGAACGAGAAAAAUGCAAAAUUGAUUUUGUGGGACAAAUCACUGGUGACGGACACAUCACUCUUAUCGAGGAUAAUGAUGGCGGGAAGCACGCGGUCCAAUUGGACCUAGAGCAUGUCUUGGGAUCAAUGCCUCGCAAAACAUUUGAUCUCAAGAAAACGAAUCCCAUAUUAAGACCAUUGAAACUUCCCGAAAAUCUCAGAUUAAUUGAUGCUCUAAAUCGUGUCCUUCGGUUGCCUUCAGUCGCCUCUAAAAGAUAUUUGACAAAUAAAGUGGACAGAAGUGUAACCGGUCUUGUGGCUCAACAGCAAUGUAUUGGUCCACUUCACACACCAUUAGCUGAUUAUGCGGUGAUUGCUCUCAAUUAUUUCAACUUCAGAGGAAGUGUCACUUCUAUUGGCGAACAGCCCAUCAAAGGACUCAUUUCUCCCGAAGCGAACGGAAGACUAUCAGUGGCCGAGGCGUUGACUAAUAUGAUGUUUUGUGUAAUCACUGAUUUGGCAGACGUCAAGUGCUCUGGCAAUUGGAUGUGGGCCGCAAAGCUCGAGGGAGAAGGAGCCAAACUUGUGGAGACCUGUCUGGCUAUGUGUGAAGUCAUGAAUCAACUCAACAUUGCUAUCGAUGGCGGAAAAGAUUCGCUUUCAAUGGCAGCAAAGAUUAAAGUAGCCAAUGGUCACGAAGUGGUCAAAUCUCCCGGAACUUUAGUGGUCAGCGCUUACGCCCCGGUGCCUGAUAUUAGGGUUAAAGUAACGCCUGAGCUCAGGAUCAAUGGCACUCAACUGCUAUAUAUUAAUUUAAGCGGCAGUAAUAAGUUACGGGUCGGGGGAUCAGCUUUGGCACAAGUAUUCGGUCAAAUCGGUGACGAAUCGCCUGAUUUGGAUAAACCCCUUUUGUUGAAAAAUUGCUUUAAUUUAGUGCAAGAAUUGAUAAAAACGGGAAUUUGUAGCGCCGGUCACGAUAUAAGCGACGGCGGACUCAUUACCUGUUUGUUAGAAAUGGCUUUUGCCUCCAAUUGUGGUUUAGAGGCAAACAUUAAGUCCGCAAAUAAUACAGACAUUGAGUUACUGUUUGCCGAAGAGUGUGGUCUUGUCAUUGAAGUUCUCGAUUCAUAUUUGCCUAAAGUAUUACAAGACUUCAAACGCAUUGAACUCGAGCCACAAGUUAUUGGCAGAGCUCUUGAUAAUCAAGACUUAGCCAAAAUGAGUGAAUUGCGAGACAAAUGGGAAGAAACGAGCUUUGAAUUGGAAAAGUUUCAAACAAACAAAAAGUGUGUCGAAGAGGAGAGGAAUGGACUGAAACAUAGGAGAGCACCGAAAUGGACGCUCACUUAUGAUCCCAACUUAAUCAAUAUCAAUAUUGACAAUCACUUCAAGAGCGCUCCGAGAGUAGCAGUUAUUAGAGAAGAGGGCAUUAAUGGUGACCGAGAAAUGAUUGCCAGUCUAUAUAUGGCUGGCUUUGAAGUGGCGGACGUCACCAUUACUGACAUCUUAAACAAACGACUCCUAACUCUGGACGCAUUCCGAGGCCUUAUAUUCCCGGGAGGUUUCUCUUACGCCGACGUAUUGGGCAGCGCCAGGGGUUGGGCGGCGACCAUGAAGUUUAACGACACGAUUGAAGUGCAACUCAAACGGUUUAUAUCGAGAAAUGACACUUUUUCGCUCGGAGUAUGCAAUGGCUGUCAAUUGAUGGCUUUGUUAGGUUUGGUCGGCUCACAGACUGAGGGAAAACAAGAAACCCUUUUAACUCACAAUAAAUCCGAAAGAUUUGAGAGCCGUUUCGUUUCGGUGCGAAUCGAGGAUAAGACAAAUGCCAUUAUGUUUAAAGAAAUGCAAACAUCAGUGAUGGGGGUUUGGGUGUCCAGCGGUGAAGGGAAGUUCACUUACAUUAACGAUAGCGUUCUUAAAGCUAUUGAAGCCAAUAAUUGCAUUGCUUUGCGUUAUGUCGACGACAACAACAAGUGGACUGAAGAAUAUCCAAUGAAUCCGAAUGGAAGUGCUUUAGGAAUCGCUGGAAUCAGUAGUUUCGAUGGCAGACACUUAGCACUUAUGCCCCAUCCGGAGAGAUGUACUUUCCUCUGGCAGUGGCCUUACAUUCCCAGUAAAUGGAAAUCCACGCUAAAAGUGAGUCCUUGGGCUAAGAUGUUCAGGAAUGCAUACGAUUGGUGUUUGACUGCAUAGACUUAUGCCUACGAUAUCUGCAAAUGUUUGCAUUUUAUCGUUCAAACGGUAUAUACUGUUCUGUGGAUACACUUUCUCCUCAUUUCUAACCUAAUCAAUGAUACCU